AUGCGUCCGUACGCUAUCCUGUCAACGGCAUUGCUUUGCCUAUCAGCCUGCGGCAAUGCUAGUGCAGCAACUCUGGAUAGUGAGCAGCUCAUGACGUCCGACGUGACCUCGCCUGCAGUCGCCGAGCGCAAUCUGGUCGCUACCGAUGAGAGGGCCGAGCAUCGACGUCUCUUUUCCUGGCCGUGGGAAGAUGACGAGGUCAAGAACAAGAACACGGACAAGAAGACUGGCAAAGCAGACAGUGUGGAGGACAAACCGAAGCAUCGUCUGUUCUGGUACCGUCCAACAUACAGCUUGUGGUUUAACGUGAGUGGCUACACUCGCAAGCAAGCUCUGGCCAAGAUAGAAGGGAACAAGCAUCGUCGUUGGUUUAGGGAUUCCAGUAAUUUCGUGCACAAGGGCUACCUCCAGUAUCUGAAAGAGAAGUGUGCGGAAGACGAAAACAAGUUCAGGCCAGCUUGUAUGUAG